AACCCACACAUUACAAGUUCACUGAACUUACUUUCCUCCCUCUGCAGGAAGUAUGUAAAUGUCAUCUAGUCCAUGCAUAAUCCUAUGGGUAAAACGAUUUAUGGCAUAGACACAGACAGGGAGGAUGCAUUAUUGGUUGAACAGCAGACCCAGUGAUGGGGAAAAUAUGAAUAAAUAGAGGAAAAUGUCUGCAGUUGGUCAACAGUUUGCCAGGAGCAGCCAACCAGCUUUCAGCUCAACAGUGAAACUCAUUCACAAGUAACAUUAGUCAUCUAACUUUUUUCAAGGGGCUAUAUAGGAGUUUUGCCAGCAGAUUCCAGAUCAAAUUGACUUCAGCAUCUCACAGCUACUUCAAGAAGGUCACUUCUACAAAACUUGGACUUGUCUCAUUUUAAAACUUUUGAAUAAAUUAUGGCUGUUUUGGCUUCGCCAAGGAUUUAUGUGUGCUUUAUCAUUGUGCUCUUGGGGCUAGUAAAUAUCUCCAUGGUUUCAGCAAGUUGUGCAUCUUGCCCCAUCACGCAUCCACAACAAAAGUUCUGCCAAUCAACAUUUGUAUUCAAGGUGAGAACGAUAUCAAUGCAGUAUGUCAACAGUAAUAAGGAACCUGUACUCUAUGCAUCACAAGCCUAUGAUGUCCAGUAUAAAGUCAAGGUUGAGAAUGUUUUUAAAGGAGAAGACCAGACAGGAAAAGAAGGUCAAACUGUCUUCAUCUACUCACCUAAGAAUGUUUGUAACAUUGACAAACUAGAGAUGGGCAUCAGAUACCUAAUUAGUGGGAAUAUGAAAGGAGACAAGAUGGAGGUGACAACCUGUGGUAUUGUUGAGAAGUGGACCAACCUUUCCCCAUCACAGAGGAGAGGAGUGAGAGGUUUCUACCAGUCACAAUGUUCAGGAUGCAAGGUAUAUGGAACAUCAAUUCAGCGUCUCUUCGGCAAGGAUGCAAUGGAUCCAAUGAGCUCUGGUCUUUGGAGUCGCGAGCGUUGCUUCUUCAACCCUAUUGCUUCUCUGACUCAUGGCAGUGAAGACUGUGAGACCAAGUAUGCCUACUGCAUGCGUCAAGAGAAUGGGGUAUGCACCUGGGAAGGAGGUAAUGCAUAUGAUAAAUGCUUCCAAGAAAGAGAGUACAACUGGCAACUGAUGAAGUUUGGUCAGAUUGGACUUGCUGCCUGGACCUGUCCUGAGCAGUGCAAGAACCUUAAACCCAGGAAACUCAGAUUUAAGUGCAAGAAAGCCACAAGGAAGAUGCCUCCCUGCAACUCUGGGGAUACUGUCAGAGAGUUUACUCCUAAUGCCAUCCGCACAGUAGUUCCUGAAGAGCGCAUUACUGUCCAACCCAAUUCACUACAAGAAAAUCCAAUGACUGUUAAUCCCAAUGUGAUCCAAGAAGUUCCUGCAUCAAGAUCUUCAAUAGUUUCAGGUGUUCUUUCAGCUAUGCUUUAUGAAGAUUAGACAGGUGUCAUUUUUCUGGACUGAAUCACAUAUAAAACUUUGCCAUGGAUUAGUUUUGUCUAAUCUCAUUCUGAAAAUGGUUUUGGAAUGCACAAUCAAGAUCAAAUGGACUACCAAAAGCAGCAUUACUGAAUGUUUGUAUGAUAAUCUGUCAUUCAAUGUCAUAACUUUCUAGAUAUUUGCAUUUUUUUUAAUGUUGUGUUUUAUAUAUUUACAUGUGUGUAAGGGAUAUUUUUGUCUCUUUUUUUUUAAAUACAAAAUUGCCCUUCUAUGUACAGAAACAAGCAUGGAUCUUUUGCACAAAAAAAAACACAAAAUGGAUUCCAGUGGUUUGUGAAAUUAUAGAAUGACAUGUGGGUUUGUCUACCAUGCAUUAAAAAGAGAGAUUAACUGAAACUAAAUGAUGAUAAAUAUUUGUACAGAAUCAAAUCCUUGCAAAAAAAAAAUGAAUGUAAUGUAUUUAUAUGUUCUCUCCUUUUACUCUUAAAAAUAUAUACAAUUUAACUUUAAAGAUGCUGAUAUAGGAAAACUGAUGAGUAUUUUCAUCCAAUACAUUGAUUUUCAAUUAUCUGCUAUGUAAACUAUUGAUCAGUAUUAAUGGAAAGUAUAUUCAUAACACAAUUACUACUGUCUAUAUACAUAACAAAUAAUACAAUUCCUUUAUGUAGCACAUCAUACUCAAGAGGUAGAUAGAAAGAAACUCACGAAUACAUACAAGACAAAAUAUUGAACAUCAUAUCGUUGUGCCGGUGCAAGAACACCCUUAACACCACACUUUCACACAUAAGUGCAUUGCAUAAGGGCGUUUCUGUACCAACACAACAAUAUAUACUUGUAUUACCAUAUUAUUUGAAUGUUCAACACUACAAAAGAUGAAGGACGGAAUAAUUUUUAAAUUAAAGAUUAGAUGGACGGAAAUUGUAUACAGCACUAAUGCUAUAACAUUUAAUAUUUCACUUAAUAAUUACCUUGCAAAAGCAACAUGAUGUCAAUUAAUCAGUUAUAUUUGUAAAGUAUGUCAUAGUGAAGCAAUGUUAUAGAGGCAAUAUUCAGUAUCGAUACUUUGUCUUUCAUUCUAAUUUACAACAUAUGUUGUUUCCAACUGGAUUCAGAUGUAGAUAUUGGUUAUUCUUAAUCAAAUGAAUAUUCAACAUAAUUAUUUCAAAUGUUUCUUUCAUUGUAUUCUAUUUAUGUAAUCAUUAAGACUUCACCAUCUGGCAGCUGGAUGUAAUAUGUUGAUUUCAUUUAUGAAACCUUCAUUGAAUUAGGUGAUUAAACUUAAAUUUUUGUUUUGAAAUGAAAUC